UUUACCAAGGUCCCGACGAGUCCGGAUAAUCGAGGUUCGACUGUACAAAUAUGGCUGAUCAUGAAGAGAAUCCACGACAACUAGUAGGUAACCGCUGCUGCGAUUUGCAGUGGAUCGUGACUACAAUAGAGGGAUGGCUUAAGCUUGUUGAGGCAAUCAUGACCUUCAUAACGUUCGUUACUGUGUCGAGUUUUCCUGGCAGCUCCAGAGCGGAAUACGAGUACUUGAUCUUCGUGGCGACUGCAGCGUUCAUCUUUGUGAUCUUGCACAUCAUCCUCCGCAUAGUCCACGUGUUCGAGAAGCUCCCGGAAGUGCUCAGGCAUCCAAUCCUUGGUAUGGGUGGGUGUUUUCUGGCCGCCCUAGCCUUACUCAUCGGUUCUGCUGUAGUCUUUGCCAAGGGGAAACAAUACUACCUUGACACGUUGGAAAUUUCUGGGAUCUGUGGUUUCAUAUCUACAGUUUUGUUCUUUUGUGAAGGUGUAUAUUUUUUCUUCCUCUAUCGUCGAUUACCAACACUUCGUCGUACAGAGGAAAACACGAUGGUGGAGGGUGAAGCUGAUGGGUUCGUACCACCUUUACAUCUAGCGAACUGAGCUGGCUUUGAAAUGAGAUAUUGUAUCGGUAAGCUUUUUCGGUGUUCAAUGUUUCAACAAUGUUUUCCCUAAAGUGGAGGCUGCUAGUGGUGGAUUUCUACCGAGCCGCCGUUUCGACGCCAACAUUAGAUAGCUUAAGUAAACCUCGACGGCAACAGGAACGAGAACGCCACCAAACAAAAGGUUUAACGAGUAGAACAAUGG